UUUUUUUUUUCUUCGUACAAUCACAAUCUCUCUCUGCGUUUUAUUUCCAUGCGAGGAACGGCAUUCAUAACAUUUGGAUCAAUUCAACAAAAGUGAAGGCAAUACUCAUUGCCCCAAAAAAGAAAAGGAAAAAAAAAAAAGAGAGAGAAGAAAAUAAUGAACGAGAAAGCCUCCGUCUCAAAGGAGCUGAAUGCCAAGCACACCAAGAUUUUAGAAGGUCUUCUGAAGUUGCCUGAAAACAGGGAAUGUGCUGAUUGUCGGACCAAGGCACCACGUUGGGCAAGUGUGAACCUCGGAAUAUUUAUAUGCAUGCAAUGUUCUGGUGUUCACCGGGGACUUGGAGUGCAUAUUUCUAAGGUGCGAUCUACUAGUUUGGAUACAUGGCUGCCCGAGCAAGUUGCAUUCAUGGAAUCAGCUAUGGGUAAUCUAAAGGCAAAUUCUUAUUGGGAAGCAACAAUGCCUAAAGAUUUCGACAGAAGUGCAAUCGAAAAGCUUAUCCGCGACAAGUAUGAGGAAAAAAGAUGGAUCGGGAAGAACACUAGUAGUGCUUGUACAGAAAUGACAGCAAAAUCAAGCGAAAUAAACAGAAAUGUGAAUUUGGUAGGAGUGGUGGGAAGUGGUGGCAGUCCUAGGAAAACAAGAAGUCUUUCUCUUGAAGAAGAAAUUCUCACAAAGCACGUCGUACCUCGAACCGCUUCUCCAAUAACCAAAACCCGCGGAGGGUCACUAGAUAUAAAAAAUCAUAGCACUAGUACUACUACUACUUCUUCACCUCCGCCGUCAACGGAGCAACCGAUAACAUCGGAAGGUGCGAAAAUUAGCAACUGUGGCACAGACCAAUUCAGGUUGCUGCAUGUCCAUGAUUCCCAAAAGGAUUGUUCAACUACUGCAGCUCCUCCAUGUUGGGCAACUUUUGAUUAACUUUGUUGUUAAUGUUUUUAUUAAUUUAUUAAUCCUGUCACUAGGAUGCUUUUGAAAGACUAUUUUGUUGAGGAAUUGAAUUGAAGUCCACAAUACGUAAUUCUUCCGAGCUGAAAAGCGAAAAAAGGGAAAACAAAAUAAUGUGUGUA